AUGAAUGUUGAGUUUGAUAGAAUAAAUGAUAGUAAGUAUGAGCUUGAUGAAAGUCUAGCUUUGUCAUUGGUAUCUACCUACUAUGGAGUGGAGGAAGCCUUGGGAGAGAAUAGAGAGUUAGUUUUAGCAGGUAAUAGCUCAACUAGUACAAUAGUAAUCGAUCCUAAGAGAUUAGCUGUAGAUUAUGUGAGCAGUGAG